AUGUUGUUUGGGUUCCGAUUUCUCGAGGGAGUUUGGGACAGCGUUGUGUUAACGGAUAGUGGAGGAACUAUUACGGAUAUAAUACUCCAAGAAAAUAGAGGACCAGCACUUUCAGUAGGCCCAAUUAUUGGUCUGGUCAUUGGACCCGUUGCAGGUGGUUUCUUAGCUGAAGCAAACGGUUGGCGCUGGAUUUUCUGA